AGUAUGUAUCACCAAAAAAUAACCUAGUAAAAUGGAUCUCUUACUGAUCACCGUGUUUAUCCUUGCAGCUAUAGUAGCUGCUUUAAAAAUAUACACUAAAUUAACUCUUGGAACAUGUAAAAGUCAGGUUUGUCUGGUUGGUAAAACCGCUAUAGUGACCGGAGCUAAUUGUGGAAUUGGUUACGAGACGGCCUUCGACUUCGCCAAACGAGGCGCCAAAGUAAUUUUAGCUUGCAGAAACAUAUCCAAAGCGCAAGAAGCCCGCAGAAAAAUAAUCGAGGAAACCCACAACCACAAAAUUUUCGUACGAGUUGUCGACUUGGCGUCUUUCGAUUCAGUUCGAGGGUUUGCAAAAGAAAUCAACAAGACGGAAGACCGAUUAGACAUUUUGGUCAACAAUGCAGGUGCUAUUGGACUUGAACAUAAAAGAACGGUCGAUGGGCGGCCGCUGCUGAUGCAAGUCAAUUAUUUCUCUAGUUUUCUUUUGACGAAUUUGCUCUUGAAUUUGUUAAAGAAAUCUGGUCCAAGUCGCAUCGUAAAUGUGUCUUCUCUAAAUGCAAGUAUGGGUUCUAAGUUGGAUGUAAACAACAUUGAUAACUUUGUUCCUCGUUUUAACGACGACUACAAUCAUUCAAAAUUAUGCAAUGUUUUGUUUACGAUAGAGUUGGCAAAGAAACUUCAAGGAACAAGUGUGACGACGUAUUCGCUACAUCCAGGUUUUGUGGAAACAGAAAUAUUGCAUAAUUUUCAUGGUGUUCUGAAAGCGUUGUAUAUGAUUAUAGUAAAAUUGUUCUCCAUGACGUGUGAAGAAGGUGCCCAAACCAAUAUUUAUUGCUCGGUAGCUAAAGGAAUCGAGGAUUAUAGUGGAGAGCACUUUGACUCUUGUAAAAAAGUGAAACGGUACAAAACUGCAGCCGAUCCAGAAUUAGCUAAGAAACUUUGGAAGAAAACUGAAGAACUCGUGGGGUUAAAACCUGAAGAAAAUCCAUUUUAAGUUCGAAAAAUACAUGGUGGCGUAAAUAAAGACACUAUUCUAACUGAGUUGA